AUGGUGUUCCAGGUGCCAGCACUGCGUGAGCAAAACUGCAACUUGUCCCCAAACACGCGGGAGCCCGUGAGGCCUCCCAACACCUGGGCUCGUGGGACCCCACCCAUCUCUCUCCUCAGUGAUCCUGGGUUCCCACCCCCAGAACUAGACAGCAGCGUCUCAGGCAGUGCCCAGCACUCCCCAUCCCAGUCUUGCCUCUGUAAGGCCACUUUCUGGCCUGUCAGAGGUCAGAGGUUGGACAUGAGCGAUGGUCACAACGGGGAGACAGACAAGGCCACGGGGCUAACCUGGGACCACAGGGACUCUACCCAAGUGCCAGGCCUGCUGGGAGCUCCAUCUUCUUUGAAAGGCAUGAGGAGGUUCCUGUUCUGGUCGCUGGCAGUAGUGACAGCAGCCGCCGCGGGCAGCGUCCUGGCCACGGCCCUCUCUCCAGCCCCCACGACCAUGGUCUUCACCCCAGCACCACUGGAGGACACGUCCUCACGCCCCCAAUUCUGCAAGUGGCCAUGUGAGUGCCCACCGUACCCACCCCGUUGCCCACUGGGGGUCAGCCUCAUCACAGAUGGCUGUGAAUGCUGUAAGAUGUGUGCCCAGCAACUCGGGGACAACUGCACAGAGGCCGCCACCUGUGACCCUCACAGAGGCCUCUACUGCGACUACAGUGGGGACCGCCCGAGGUACGCAAUAGGAGUGUGUGCACAGAUGGUUGGCGUGGGCUGCGUCCUAGACGGGGUGCGCUACAACAAUGGCCAGUCCUUUCAGCCCAACUGCAAGUACAACUGCACAUGUCUUGAUGGCGCGGUGGGCUGCACACCACUGUGCCUCCGCGCACGCCCCCCACGCCUCUGGUGCCGCCACCCCCGCCGGGUGACUGUGCCUGGCCGCUGCUGCAACCAGUGGGUGUGUGAUGACGAUGCCAGGAGGCCACGCAAGAACAUACCACGUGAUACAGGAGCCUUAGUGGCUGAGGGCAAGGUGGAGCCAUGGCACAGGAACUGCUUAACCUACACGAGUCCCUGGAGCCCCUGUUCCACCAGCUGUGGCCUGGGCAUCUCUACUCGGGUCUCCAACAUCAAUGCCCGGUGCUGGCCUGAACAGGAGAGUCGUCUCUGCAACCUGCGGCCGUGUGGUGUGGACAUCCGUCCGCACAUCAAGGCAGGGAAGAAGUGUUUGGCUGUGUACCAGCCAGAGGUACCCAUGAACUUCACUCUCGCAGGCUGCGUCAGCACACGCACCUACCGACCCAAGUACUGUGGGGUCUGCACAGACAACAGGUGCUGCGUCCCCUACAAGUCCAAGACCAUCAAUGUUCCCUUCCAGUGUCCUGAUGGGCCCAGCUUCUCCCGCCAGGUCCUAUGGAUUAACGCCUGCUUCUGCAACCUGGGCUGUAAGAAUCCCAACGACAUGUUUGCUGACUUGGAAGCCUACCCUGAUUUGCCAGAAAUUGCCAAUUAG